UCGAGAGACACCUGCAACGAAUGAAGCUUCAUAUUCAUAUUUCGUAUGUACAAAAAGUAUAACAACGCGUUCCUAGAAAGCUACGUUUUAGGACUCCCAAGUGGGAGAUCAAACCUUGUGCACAACCGACGGCGACGCAUCGGAAGCACAAGAUAUGCUGCUUUUCGCACUCGUCGUACUUCUGUCAUCUCUCUUGUGCUGGUGGCUGCGUAAAACGUUUACUUUUUGGGAUAAGCAGGACAUCGCACAUCUCACAUUCUGGCAGCAUAUGAGAUACUGCAUUGACCUCUACACCAAGCCCUUAAAAGAAGUAAUCAUAAAAUACUACAACCAAAAUGGCCGCCUUUAUGGAUCGUAUCAAGGCACUGUACCGACCCUCGUUGUCGGUGACCCCGACAUAUUGCGCGAGAUUCUUGUAACAAAGUUUAAAAACUUUUCCGACAGAAGUGAGGCGCAAAGGAUAGGUUCUGCGAUAUGGUGCAAUUCGAUGCUGAACCUGUCAGGCGAAGACUGGAAGAGAGUGCGGAAUAUUUUUACGCCGGCCCUGACAGCCAGCAAACUCAAAACGAUUGUAAUGAAGGUCCUAACUGUAGCCGAGAAAAUGGUGUCCCGAAUCGAGGCAGUGGCUGCCGACAACAAGUCGGUGAACAUGAGCGAGCUGGCCGAGCACAUAUCUAUGGACACAGCCGCUGCGCUUAACUACAGCCUUGACUUGGACAGCGAGAAAGACAGAGACCAUCCUCUGGUGAAAAUCUCUCAGUGCCAUCUUCAUAAAGAAUGCUGGUUGGCGGGCUGUCAUGUUGUUUCUGAUGCCCAGGAUCUACAAGGUUUGAAACCUAACUACCCGCCUAAAGCAAACAUCGACAUAUUCAAGGCAUUUGUAUCGCAUCUGGUUCAAGAGCGGGAGUCAAAAACUAAGAAAGAAGACGAUUUCCUGCAGCUGUACUUGGAUGCUGAGUACCAAUCGGAGAUCGCUGAAGACGGGAAACAAAGCAGGGAUGAAAGAAGAGAAAUGACACUGGACGGAAUAACUGGCCACGGAAUCGUAUUCUUCAUUGGUGGUGUGGAAGGUAACAUGAUGGCGGUUACAAUGACUGCCUACUACCUCGCCCUCCACCCCCACUUACAGGACCGGGUCCUCGAAGAAGUAGACAAGGUGGUUUCUGAGGGUGGCAUUACCUACGACACUCUGCAGCGGAUGCCUUUCCUUGAGGCGUGCCUCAAAGAGGCACUACGACUGGAAACCCACGAUGCUAUAUAUACACGCCUGUGCACCGAAGAGACCACCGUGGCCGGCAUCUGCUUCAAGCCAGGCAUGUGUGUUGACAUUCCAUUGGCAGGCAUUCACCACGACGCCGAGUACUUUCCUGAGCCCGAGAAGUUCAAUCCAGAAAGGUUUCUGCCUGAGAACAAAGACUGUGUGAGACCAUUUACUUACAUGCCUUUUGGCGUUGGACCACGUAACUGCGUCGCCAUGCGACUGGGAUUGCUGCAGGCUAAGGCAUCGCUGGCUUGCUUAUUCCGCAGCGUCAGGCUUGAGACGUGCCCUGAAACGAUGGUGCCUUUGAAGUGUAAGCCUCGCGUGCUUCUGCACAGCAUGAACGGCCCAGUUGUUCUUCGCCCAGUUCUACGUCACACCUCAACAAAGAAAUUCAUUGGCACUAUUUGAUUAUUACACCCCUACAACUACACAACUUGGGAGGAAGUUGGAGGCUCAGGAAAGAAGAAAUCACUUACCAGCGAAUGUAGCUGGAGCCGGUGUUUUGACAAUUACACUUGUAUUCGUCAGUUAAUUCUCGCACUCAAUAUCUGCGAUACAUCAGCUUGUGAACGUAUAUCUCCAGGAUGCGACUUGCUGUUGAGUGAUUAAAGAGAUAAACGAUGAAA